AUGUCGCGCAGCUACCACAGGGCCGCCUACUUUGGCCACCUUGAGUUUCCAACCGAUCCCGUCGCCGUCGUUGGCGUCCUCAAGGGCAAAUCCAAUUUCCAAACAUGGCAUUCCGCCAUCCAACCCAUCCUCCUCUCGAAUGCCAGUUCCUCCGAGCUGAUCAUCGGCGUGUGGACGGAACCUCGUUGUCCAACACCUUGUACGGCUGAGCAACAAGCCGCAUUCGACGAGGGCCGCAGACGAUGGCACACCACAAACACAGGCACCUGUCGAUUCAUCCGAGCCACGCUGGCCGAAAAUGUUGUCCCGUUCGUCCGCCAGUACAACACGGCAAAGACCUUGUUCUUCAACCUCGUGUGGCUGUAUGGGGAAGACAGCGGAAUCGACACCCAGGGUGGCCCUCCAGUGCCAGUGAACGCCCAUACCAUGAGCACGAAGAGAGGUCGAGCGAGUCUCCUGGCGGUGCUGGAAGCGAAACGGACCCUCGAUUAUCUGCCUCCUGUUGGCGUGACGUUGACUAUCCCGUCGCCCACCACUCCGACGAGCGUCUGCACGGUCUCUUCAUCUUCCUCGACCACAGACGGGGCUGCCACGCGCGAUCAUCUCAAGUCUCUGCCGUCGACACUACGUGAAGAGCCAAGUCCAGAACAUCACUUGACGUUGAUCCGCAGUUUCGAACGGGCUUGCAUCUCGGAUUCGAACUCACACUCGAACCAGAACCCGAACCUGGAGACCAUCCACGAACAAGACCAUGAACAAGAGGAGCCCCACCCCGGAAGGAGAAUUCGAAUCUCCUCCGGCCACGCCAUAGGUUCCAGCCUCACUCCCGGGAACGGGCACGGGGAUAAAGACGGGAGCGUAGACAUGCAGACGCACACGCACACGUAUGUGCACUCCGAACGCAGCAUCAGCCCGUUGACCCUAUCCGACUCGACCAGCACAUCCGACGAGGUAAGCGAGGUGGUGAAGUGGCUUCCAUGUUUCAAUUACCUUCCAAGCCUGCCCACGUCCCAGAACGCGAAUGAUAGAAACCUGAGCCGACUUCACCUCGAAGAUAUCGGCAGCAGCAGCGUCAGCAAGACGACGACCACCUCAUGCAACAUUCAACAUUCCCGACCAAAGAAGCGUCAAGCCAGCGCUGAGCUGGGACCCGAGGACGGAGGUGGAGAGGGAGAUGAAGGUGAGGGUGAAGAAAGACGUCCAAAAGCGAGCAUUGUCUCGAUGUUCAGGGCCGUCAAGCCGGGAAAGGCCAGGAAGUGGGACAAGUUCUCGCUCUCGUCGUUUCCUCUUCGUCGGUUGGAUGCGAACGGCUCUCAGAAGGGCAGCGGCAAGGAAAAGAGCAAGGCUGAUACUGGUGAUACUAUGUAA